AUGACGUCUACACCCACAGACACCGACACAGUGGCUGAACUCCCACGCCAAUCUGUGCUUCACGGCCAAGGAUCACAAUACGGAUCAUCCAGUGAUACAGAUGUGGAACAAGAGAGUGUUGACCAGGAGCGCGGCAAAGACUUCAUCCAGAAGCACCUCACCCUGACUUUCAAGGAUGUUAGUGUGAGAGUAACCGCCCCUGAUGAGGCUCUUGGAGAGACUCUUUGGUCGAGAGUUGAUCCUCGACAGCUUUUGGACCUGUUCAGUCGUGAUGAGCGACCAAAGAGAACUAUUCUACAUGACGUAACUGGCCAAGUGAGCCCAGGAGAGAUGCUUCUCGUACUGGGCCGACCUGGAUCAGGCUGUACCUCUCUCCUUCGCGUGCUCUCCAACCACCGAGAGUCGUUUCAAGAAGUCGUAGGAGAGACGCGAUACGGUAGCAUGGAUCAUAAUGAAACAAAAAAGUAUCGCCAGCAGAUUGUUUUCAACACUGAAGAUGAUAUUCAUUUCCCGACUUUGACUGUCAACCAGACAAUGAAGUUUGCACUUCGAAACAAAGUUCCCCGCGAUAGACCCGAGCAUGUGGAAAAGAAGCACCAUUUCGUCCAGGAUAUGCGAAACAACAUUCUUGAUUCUUUGGGCAUCGGCCACACCAAGAAAACACUGGUCGGAAAUGAGUUCAUCCGCGGUGUUUCUGGCGGAGAGCGAAAGCGAGUUUCCCUUGCGGAAGUGAUGGCUAGCCAGAGUCCUCUGCAGUUCUGGGAUCAGCCAACGCGAGGCCUCGAUUCCAAGACAGCCCUUGAAUUCGUGGAGACCCUCCGAAAGGAUGCUGACGUCAACGGAAAGUCCGUUGUACUCACAACCUACCAAGCUGGAAACGGCAUCUUUGACGCAUUCAACAAGGUUAUUGUUCUUGCUGAAGGCCGUGUCAUUUACUACGGCCUUCGCACCGCUGCCAAGUCGUACUUUGAAGACAUGGGGUUCGUCUGUCCCAGGGGAGCAAACAUCGCCGACUUCCUCACGUCCGUCACCGUGAAGACCGAGCGCGAGAUUGCACCGGGGCUUGAGCAUCAAGUCCCGACCACGCCCGAGGAGUUUGAGAGUGCCUACAAGCGGAGCGACACAUGCAGACUGAUGAAGGAGCUCAUUCAGCCGCCGGAGAGUCUGCAUCAUCAAGUCGACGACCUGAAAAUGGCCGUCGAAAGAGAGAAGAGGCAGAGAAGAUGGCAGCUGGGUACGCGAGGCGUCUACACUGCUGGUAUGCGAGAGCAAAUCAUCAACUGCACCCAACGGCAAUGGCAAAUCAUGAUGGGUGAUCGCCUCUCUCUCGCCAUCAAAGUCGUAUCUGCAAUCAUCCAAGCCCUCGUCUGUGGUAGCCUGUUUUACAACCUUCCCGACACCAGCCAAUCUAUCUUUCUGCGCCCUGGAGUCCUCUUCUUCCCCGUUCUGUACUUUCUGUUGGAGUCUAUGUCGGAGACCACCGCAUCUUUCAUGGGACGACCCAUUCUAGUGCGCCACAAACGAUUCGGAUUCUACCGCCCAACAGCCUUUUGCAUCGCCAACGCCAUCACCGAUAUCCCCGUGGUCAUGCUCCAAGUCACAUGCUUUACUUUGAUCAUCUACUUCAUGAGUGGAUUUCAGGCUGAUGCUGGGAAGUUCUUCACCUGUUGGAUCAUUGUAAACGCCAGCACCCUUUGCUUUUGUCAAUUGUUCAGGGCUGUUGGAGCCAUGUUUAGCCAUUUUGGAACCGCGAGUUAUGUCACCGGCCUGUUGUCAACAGUUUUCUUCGUUUACGGCGGCUACUUGAUUCCCUUUAGCAAGAUGCAUCCCUGGUUCCGCUGGAUUUUCUAUCUCAACCCCGGCGCCUAUGCUUUCGAAUCCCUGAUGGCGAAUGAGUUCGAUGGGCUUAAACUUGAAUGCGUUUCUCCGCAGUAUAUCCCGUUCGGUGCUGACUACAACAACCAAACCGCCGACUUUCGAGGCUGCACCGUACUGGGCAGUGAUGCCGCAGGGAUGAUCGAUGGCAUUGACUACGUGCGGCAGCAGUACAGCUAUUCCAUCGGACACAUCUGGCGUGGAUUUGGUGUCGUCGUUGGAUUCUGGAUUUUCCUCAUUGCCUUGACUGCUUUGGGAUUCGAGCUCAGAAACAACCAUGGAGGAUCGUCGGUCUUGCUCUAUAAGAGAGGCGCACGAACCAAGAAGUCAUCGGAUCCUGAAAUGGCACCUGGCCAAGUCCCCGAGCGCUCGCUUCAAAUGCCAUCCAAGGCUGCGCGACAGUCCACAUUCUCGUGGCACGACCUUGACUAUUUCGUACAAUACCAAGGGGCCCAGAAGCAACUCCUGAACAAGGUGUUUGGAUUUGUUCAACCUGGAAACCUGGUGGCUCUGAUGGGGUGUUCUGGAGCCGGAAAGACAACGCUAUUGGACGUCCUCGCCCAGCGAAAGGAUGCGGGUGAAAUCAAAGGCUCUAUCUUGAUUGAUGGAAAACCCCAGGGUAUCUCUUUUCAGAGAAUGACCGGAUACUGCGAGCAGAUGGAUAUCCAUGAAGCCACAGCUACCGUCAGAGAAGCUCUUAUUUUCUCAGCCCUGCUACGUCAGCCCCAGGACGUUCCAUACGAGGAAAAAAUUUCCUACGUCGAUCACAUUAUCAAUCUUCUAGAGCUCGAAGACAUCUGCGACGCCUUAAUUGGAAUGCCCGGUGCCGGUCUUAGCAUUGAGCAGAGGAAGCGUGUUACCUUGGGUGUGGAAUUGGUCGCAAAGCCGAGUCUAUUGUUCCUUGAUGAACCAACCUCUGGAUUGGAUGGACAGUCUGCAUACAAUAUCGUUCGAUUCAUGCGUCGACUCGUCGAUGGAGGCCAGGCUGUUUUGUGCACAAUCCACCAGCCGUCUGCUGUUCUUUUUGAUGCAUUCGACGCUCUUCUCCUGCUCGCCAAGGGAGGUAGAAUGGCCUAUUUUGGGGAGACUGGUCAAUAUUCCGAUGUCCUACUGGACUACUUUGCCCGAAACGGCGCUCCUUGCCCCGAUGGCGCUAAUCCAGCUGAGCACAUCGUCGAGGUUAUCCAAGGCAACACGGAAGUGGAAAUCGAUUGGGUUGACGUUUGGAACAAAUCUUCCGAGCGUCAGGCUGCCCUCCAGAAGUUGGAGAUGCUGAACAUGGAAGCUCUUUCCAAAGCCGAGAGUGUUGAGGAGGAUUCAGCGAGUUUUGCAACCUCAAAGUGGUUCCAGUGGAGAAUGGUUCUUGAACGCCAAAUGGUCCAGCUUUGGAGAUCUCCGGAUUACGUGUGGAACAAGAUUAACUUGCAUAUCUUCGCCGCGCUGUUUAGUGGCUUCACCUUCUGGAUGAUCGGUGAUGGAACAUUUGACCUACAGCUGAGACUUUUUGCCAUCUUCAACUUCAUUUUCGUUGCCCCUGGUUGCAUCAACCAGAUGCAGCCUUACUUCUUGCACAAUCGAGAUCUUUUCGAGACAAGAGAGAAGAAGUCCAAAACUUACCACUGGGUUGCUUUCAUCGGGUCGCAGACCGUGGCUGAAAUCCCCUAUCUCAUUAUUUGUGCAACACUGUACUUCGCCUGCUGGUACUUCACCGUUGGCUUCCCAGUUGAAGCUCGUAUCUCAGGACAUGUCUAUCUUCAGAUGAUUUUCUACGAAUUUCUCUACACCUCAAUCGGCCAGGCGAUUGCUGCAUAUGCACCUAACGAAUAUUUCGCAGCAAUCAUGAAUCCGCUUCUCCUCGGUGCUGGCAUGAUCUCCUUCUGCGGUGUCGUUAUGCCAUACGCAGCCAUGCAGCCUUUUUGGAAAUACUGGAUCUACUAUCUCGACCCCUUUCGCUAUCUCUUUGGGGGUUUGCUGGGCCCUAUCAUCUGGGAUGUUCAAGUCCGCUGCAACCCAGAAGAAUUCACCUCCUUCAACGCCCCCGAUGGACAGACUUGCGGUGAAUACAUGGCCGACUUCCUCAGCUCCAACGCAGGAUAUGUGGCAGAUCUUAACGCCACUGAGAACUGUCAAUAUUGUGCCUACUCCACAGGAGCAGAUUACGCCAAGACCUUCAACCUCCAGGAGGAAUACUACGGCUGGCGAGACACUGGAAUCACCGCCUUGUUCUGCAUUUCAUCAUAUGCUUUGGUUUUCUUGAUGAUGAAGCUGAGAAGCAAGAAGACCAAGAGCGCGAGAUCAGAAUAAGAGCCUCAAGAGAGAAACAGUUUGGAAUAUCACCCCAGAUUUGAAGAGUAAAGAUUUGACCAGAUGCUUAUGAAGCAUGCCAAGUCAUAUUUUGUAAAGGUAACGGAUUAGAAUUUAGAUGGGAUAAGAAGGUAUAAGAAAAAUAGAUUAAAGGAGGAUAGAACGGAACAGAUUGUUGCCAAGGAACGGCAAAUAGAACCUUCUUUUCAAUACAGG